ACUUCACCUGUCGUCAUACCUAUGCGAGGUCAUAAUUCCCACGAGAAACAGAAGUCGCAAGUAAGGAAGGGUCCGCAGAGUAGCAGACGAGAUUCUGCAAAGGCAGAUCGUCGAGCGCGCAUCCAUUCCCCCGAUGCGCUCCCUCCCUCUGUCGCUGCGCUCCUCGCUAUUACGGCCAUUCCACCACAGAGACACAAUGGCGGACGCACUCGAAGUGGAUCAGGUCAGAAGCUGACUGUCGAUGCGAUAAUGAGACAUACGAGCGUUUCCGAGAAGGAUCUAGGUACAUCUUUGGGAAAGAGUCCUCUAGACUUUCUACUUAGUCCCCCGGAGGACGACGACGAGCUUGCAGGCAGUGAGAACGGACAGGAGUCAGUCAUGUCUACGAGAACAUUGUCGAGUGAUUCGAUGCCUUCCUUGGACGAUGAAUCUAUCGACGAGCACUCGCCAUCUCUGGGGUCUUUGGUCACUCCUACAUCGAUGCCCCGAGGCAAGAGAUCAACCCCUUCGCGGAGGAUACGAACACUCUCUUCGCCGCUGGGAACUUCGGAAGACCACCCAUUACAUGCACCAGAGAUCGAUGUGGACCAGUUAGACUUCAGAGUCUUCCAGAAAUCACCUUCAAAAGAAGAGGCAAGGUCUGACGUAGAUGUUGAAGUUGCAACCCCUCCGGGCAAAUCAGCUUUCAAGUCGAACCUUACGGCUUCACUCCGAGCACUCCGAAAUGCUGCCAAAUCUUUCCAAACACUCACAACGCCAAUGAUUCCUCCGGACGAUUUCCUCACAAGGUCAAUCAUCACUAUUGAUCCACAGAUUCCGUUUACAGAUGAGCGCAUGCCUCCACGGCUUGAGGAUACUCCUACCCCAGCACUCCGACGAUAUCUCAACCCCACUACGAAUGCGCCGAUCGAGGCUCAUGUUCCUUCGUCACUGGCACAAACCAUGAGCUCAACGCAGUGUACUGCGUCCAUUCAGAUGCAAACAUACAAUGUCUCACGAUCUAAGAAAGGCACAUCUCCUUCUGUUAUUAGCAGACGUACUUCGACCCAGGAACCACCGAUCGAAGUCGCCACCGGCCCACUCGCACGUCAGAGAGACAUGCGUGAGAAUAGCGAUUUUAUUCGGGUAGCCGUGAUGGAAAUGCUGAUGCGCAAGAGAGGCAAGUUGGAUGAUCAGAAGCCUGGCAGGGCGAAAUGGGCAUUGCCAGCUCGACAGCCACCUACGAAGCCCUACGAACGCGACGCCAACGGAGUCCCAGUACGGUGGAUUGGGGUCACA